AUGUCCAGCCAGCAGACCAUCCUCUUCAUCUUCACCUCGGCCGACAAGCUCCUCAACGGCGCCCCUACCGGUUGGUAUGUGCCUGAGGCUGCCCACCCCUACUAUGCCCUCAAGCCCCACUUCAACAUCGACUCGGCCUCCACCAAGGGCGGUGCUGCCCCUGUCGACCAGUCCUCGGUCGAGAACUUCAAGGACGACGAGUCUGUCAAGUUCAUGAACAGCGACGCGGAGGCCAAGAAGCUCUACACCGAGACCAAGAAGAUCAGCGAGGUCGACGCAAAGGACUAUGCUGCGAUCUUUGUCAUCGGUGGGCACGGGCCCAUGAUUGACUUGGCCGAGGACAAGGCGUUCGCCAAGCUCGUUGGUGACUUCUAUGCGGCCAAGAAGCCCGUCUCGGCAGUCUGCCACGGUCCCGCCGCCCUCGUCUCCUCCAAGACUCCCUCGGGCGACUCCAUCCUCAAAGGCGCAGAGGUCACCGGCUUCUCCAACGCCGAGGAGGCCCAGACACCAUACAAUGACUUUGUCAACAUCCUUCCCUUCUCGCUCGAGGACAGGCUCAGCGAGCUCAGCGGUGGAAAGUACACCAAGGCCAAGGAGGACUGGGGAGUCAAGGUUGUCUGGGACCAGGGUAUUUUGACUGGCCAGAACCCGGCUAGCGCCAAGGCUCUCGGGGAGAAGCUCGCGGAGAUUCUCCAGAAGGCUUGA